AUGUUCCAGCUGCGAAAAAGCCAACGUCCCGUGCCUCACGUAUCAUGCCGGGAAACAGGCGGAUGUCAGUAUCUCUCCUCCCCUCGAAGCCCCGAGUAUCUGGCCUGCUCUGCUGAUAGCUCCAAGAUUCCUCGUGACUACAUCUCCAGCCUGGAAGAGCAGAUAGCCACCCUUACACAGGAAGUCCAGCUUCUGCGGGAACGCACACGGGAUCCUCCAGCAGCGGACGGAGAGGUGGCAAUCACAACAACGACGCCUCGUUCCACGGCCUCAACCCACGAGAUAGGCAUCCUUCCGACAGCGAGCCAGCCCGCCUCUGAUGAAGCCUCGCCUCUUUUCCAGGAUUUGGUGACAAAAGUCAAAAGGGUGGUGGUUGAACCUUUCCAGCAACCGCGGUUUCUGGGUCAGAGUAGCGGCAUCUCGUUUGCCAAAAUGGUUCUGGCAGCCAUUCAUGUCGAGAACCUGUCGUCGCCGCUUGUCCCAGAGAAGCAGCCAUUUCAUGACUUCUCGCUGUUGGAGUCCCCCCCAGCCAAAGCGUCGCUGCCGCCUCGCCAUGUCGCAGAUCAUCUGGUCGAUGUUUACUUCCAGUACCGGACACCUCACUUGCCAAUCCUGGCUCGCUCGCAGGUAAGCAACGCCAUCGAUAGCGCAUAUCGUUCUAGCGGGACAGGCUCAGUCUCAGUGGAUGUUCCGGAGAGGGACAUGUUCAUCGCGUACAUGGUCUUCGCCAUUGCCCUUGUCGACGUCCCGCACACGUCAGGGGGUCGACCAAGCCAAAGUGACGGGUGUUUCCGGUCAGCACUCACCUGGGUCGAAAAGAUCCUCACAUACUCCAAGAGCGACAUUGAAACCCUCCGAACGGUGCUCCUGCUGGCACAGUUUGUCGCACUGUCUCCGUCCCGAGGAAGCCUUUGGCAUCUCACAGGCUUCGCGCUGCGUCUGUGUAUCGACGUGGGCCUCCACUGGGAGACCGAGUUACAGUGUCUCAACAUGGGGGCGGAGGUGUUGAACGACCGCAGACGCCUCUGGCACUCGACAUAUCAUUUCGACCGGCUUCUGUGCAUCACGCUCGGCCGCCCGUUUGGCAUUCUCGACGAAAGCACCCGUGUCCAGCUUCCGAAUCCCUGGACCGGGUACGGCCGUCAAGGCCUGGGAGAGCAACGAGAUGACGAAUUCGACAUCCACACCCAUCGGGCGCACAACCAUCUAUUCACCCUCGCGAGACUCGAGUCGGAAAUCAGACAUGUCCAGCACAGCCAAGUGUGGACGCUGAGACCGGCAUACCCGCGACCGAACUGGACGUCCUGGCUGCAAGACAUUCUUCCGCGGUUGCAAGAGUGGAACACGACCAUUCCGGACCCCGGCAAAGCGCAUCCGUCCUCCAUCUUCGCCUCCCAGGCCUACUGGGACGUGACGUACAACAACGCGAUCCUGCUGCUCUACCGCCCACAGGCGGGGAGCGUGUACUACCGAUCGGCAGAAGAGGUGGUCACGUCGUUCGACGCGUCCUGCAAGGUCAUCGCGGGCCUGAAAGUCCUGCAGCGCGAGGGCCGGGUCGAGAUGCUGUGGAAGUCGGUGCACCACCUGUUCAUGGCCGGGCUGGGCGUCGUCUACGGCCUGUGGCACUCCAAGGAGAUCCGGGAGCGGAACCCCGUGUCCAGGAGCAUCGCGACCCUCCAAUCCUGCGCCUCCACCCUGGCCGCCAUGUCCGAGACGUUCCCGGGCGCCGCGGGCUGUCGGGACGCGUUCGACGCGCUGUCAUCAACCACGAUCGACUGGCUCGUCACCAGGGACAUUGAGGAGGUGCACCAGAACCGCGUCGACUUUGAGAACCACGUCCGCGCCUUGACCAGGCAGUUGCAGCUUUCACUCCAUCGCGCCCACUCCCGUCCCGGCGAAAGCGACAGCGACGGCGUGGGCACAGGCCAUCUUCGUGCCAUCGCCGCCGUCGACGAGGAUGACGACACGAGCAAUACCUUUGACGACCUCGGCGAAUUGCUCAGUACGGCGGCCCAGUGGCCCGACCUGGGCGAGUUCAGCUUUAUCAGCUAG